GGGGAGGUGGAUCAGAUUCAGCGCAGCUCCGCCGCAGCGUUCAACAAACAUCAGCCUGAAUAGAGAAUAAACAUGAGCGAUCAUUGAGCCUCUCUGCUCUGCCUGCUCAACCCACGGCCAUUCACUUGGCUUCAUUUCAUCCUUAUUUCGACCCUCGACUGUCCGGCAAACUGUCUAAUCUGGAGGAGGACGGGGAGACCAGCAUGGCCAUGACGGGAGGCAUGGCAGCGCCCCUCCCUAUGAGCAACCAUACACGUGAGCGCGUGACGGUGGCCAAACUCACGCUGGAGCACUUCUACAGCACCCUGCUCACCCAGCAUGAGGAGCGUGAGAUGAGGCAGAAGAAGCUGGAGAAGGUGAUGGAUGAGGAGGGUCUACCUGAUGAAGAGAAGAGUAUGAGGCGCUCUCUGCACGCUCGAAAGGAGACUGAGUUUCUGCGGCUCAAGAGGACUCGGCUUGGUCUUGAUGAUUUUGAGUCCCUUAAAGUGAUUGGGAGAGGAGCAUUUGGAGAGGUGCGGCUGGUUCAGAAAAAGGACACGGGUCACAUUUAUGCCAUGAAGAUCCUCAGAAAAGCAGACAUGCUAGAAAAAGAACAGGUGGCUCAUAUCCGGGCCGAGAGAGAUAUCCUGGUGGAGGCCGAUGGCGCCUGGGUAGUAAAGAUGUUCUACAGCUUUCAAGAUAAACGCAAUCUGUACCUCAUCAUGGAGUUUCUGCCUGGAGGAGAUAUGAUGACUCUGCUGAUGAAGAAAGACACGCUGUCGGAAGAAGCCACGCAGUUUUAUAUCGCAGAGACGGUUUUGGCUAUUGACUCCAUUCACCAGCUGGGUUUCAUUCACCGAGACAUCAAACCUGACAACCUGCUGCUGGACUCACGGGGUCACGUCAAACUGUCUGAUUUUGGCCUCUGCACUGGUUUGAAGAAGGCCCAUCGGACUGAAUUUUACAGGAAUCUCACACACAACCCUCCCAGUGACUUCUCCUUCCAAAACAUGAAUUCAAAGCGGAAGGCAGAAACAUGGAAGAAGAACCGAAGGCAGCUGGCAUAUUCAACAGUUGGGACGCCAGACUAUAUCGCCCCUGAGGUCUUUAUGCAGACUGGCUACAAUAAGCUGUGUGACUGGUGGUCUCUUGGAGUCAUAAUGUAUGAGAUGUUGAUAGGCUACCCACCCUUCUGUUCCGAGACGCCACAGGAAACCUAUAGGAAGGUCAUGAACUGGCGUGAAACGCUAACUUUCCCCCCUGAAGUCCCCAUUUCAGAGAGAGCCAAGGAAUUGAUCCUUAGGUAUUGCACAGACGCAGAAAACCGUAUUGGAUCAGGGAGUGUGGAUGAAAUCAAAUCUCAUCCCUUUUUUGAGUCUGUGGACUGGGAGCAUAUCAGAGAGAGACCUGCUGCUAUUUCCAUAGACAUCAAGAGCAUUGACGAUACGUCUAACUUUGAUGACUUUCCAGAGUCAGACAUUCUGCAGCCAGUAGCAAAUGUAACCGAACCAGACUUCAAGUCCAAGGACUGGGUUUUCCUCAACUACACCUACAAACGCUUUGAGGGCUUGACACAGCGUGGCACCAUCCCUACUUACAUGAAGGCGGGCAAGGCGUGAAACUGGCACAGAUGGUCUGGAAGAGGAGGAUUAGAAUGUAAAUGACAAUUCAAAUGCAGAUUUCUGCAGAUGAAAAGCUUAUGCACUGCCGCUUUGUGCUACACAGUAGACCUGUUCUCAGAGGAGUCCAUGGUGACUAUAAAAAGAAAAAAAGCAUAAUAAUUAUAUGGCCAAACAUAAGGAUGGAGACUCUCGUCCUGCUGCUCAGCUAAAAGGAGACACAACGGUUACCCUAAUGCUUUUCAACACUGGAUUAAACAGGGUCACAGAUGUAUAAAAUAAAAAAGGGAAGCAGAUACAUCACUGAAGCCUUAUGUUCAGAAAACCUCUGAAGUGACAAACCUGCAAUAAAGUUGAUCUCCCCCAGUCACCUUUUUAGCUUCUUUCCCCCAGGAAGUUGAGAAUCUGUAUAAACCCAAAUCAAACAAUGUUAGACAUACUGUAUGAUAUAGUUUACUACCUGAUGCUGAAUAUUUUCCAUGAUGGAUGUUUUGUGGUUUUUUUUGUGUGGAAUUGUUUUGUUGUAUGUAUGUUUGCAACCUACCUAGAAGAAACUUGAAGAAGGGAUUGAUGGUUUCUGUUCGUGUCAGUGCCAGAGAGCAGCCUGUUCCUGUGCAUUUCAUCCAUAAUGAAUCCAUUUUGUGAGCGUUGUUCAUCUAUGCAACCAUUUUUGUUGUUCUGUUGUAACGCAUGCGAGAUGUAGCUUCAGUCAGUGGUUUGAAAAGGCAGAUCAAUAAUGGUUAAAACGUGCUCUCUUUUACAUAUGUUUUACAGGGUUUUAAAACUUUAAUUUACUUUUGUUUUUGCAUAUUAAAUUUUAAAACGAACAAAGCUGUAACCAAAUAACAGUUAAAUAAUGGUGGUAAUCACUCAAAGCAUAGGAGAACACAAACUAGUGAGCUGAUGUGUUGUUAAAGAUUAGUAAAGUAAUAAUAAUAAUGACGAUAAUAAAGGUAACGGUUAAUGCACUUACAUGCUGUCUUAGUUGCUGAGGAUAUUUAGUGAUUGGACAUCUGCUGUUCUGCAUGACUACAAAUUACUGGCCCGAUAGCAAGGCUGAAAAGAGCAAACAUGCUGUAGCUUCUGUGUAAAAGAUUGGUGCUGGGGGGGUUCACUUAAUAUAUUCACUUCUGUUGUUUUGUUAUCUGUUGUCUUGGUGUAAAAACGUAAAAGCAAGAAAUAAAUGUAACAAAUAUGGAAA